UUUGUGGUAGGUAUUGCUCACAAUACCACUUUACCGAUUCCCACAAAUAAAUAACGAUCUAUCUCAGAAGCAACACCAUGGACAAAGAAAUCGCCGACGCGAUUUUGGAGGAGCUGCUGUGCCCGGUCUGCGACCACUACAUGUGCCCCCCAAUCUACCUUUGUGUGACGGGGCACAGCCUCUGCGAAGACUGCUUCAAGAAGGUGAAGACGUGCCCCAAGUGCAGAGCUGCCAAGAGCAACAACGCCAGGAAUUACGCUCUGGAAGGGGUGCACGGAAAAUUGAACGUUCCCUGCAAGUUCGCCAUUUAUGGAUGCGACUUUAUACUGCCUGGGGAGGAUAUCAAGAAGCACCAGGUGUUUUGCAGCUAUGCCAGGGUCCACUGUCCUUUUAGAUUUUACGAUAAUUGCCAAUGGAAUCAAAGUAAGACGACUUUGAAAGCUCACCUCACCAAGAAGCAUUCGCUCAAUUUUUACCUCAAGGAUAAACAGAAGUUCCUUUCACGCAGUUUUACGGCCAUCGAGAAUUACCAUUACAUCUAUGCUGUCAUUUUUACUUACGAAGAAUUCUUCAGAUUAACAUGGGACUUGAACGAAACUACAGGAAUGACCAGAUGGGCUGUUUACUACGUAGGAUCCCCCGAAAAUGCCAAGAACUACUCAUACAAACUGGAAUUUUGCAAAGAUGAAGCGGUGUCCAAUUCCUGUCCACCCUUGACCUACAAGUCCGUGUGCAUUGCUAAACCAGAAAAAGAAGACCAGAAAUUUGUGGAGCAUCAUUGUUUCUAUGUGCACAAGAACUUGCUGCAGGACUAUUGCACCGAAGUAGGAGACCUCAAUUACAAAGUUUCCAUCUAUUGUGUGAAAAGAAUUGCGAAAAAAGUUGAUGUUGAUGCUUUUUUGGAUAGUAUCCAAAGUAUCUACAUAGGUGAUGAAAACAUUGAAAAAAGCGAUGAGACGUUAGACAAAACUUGGCCAAAUUGAUCUUUUUGAUGUAUUUUUUUCAUUAUUAUUAUUAUUCUUGAUCAACUGUGAUCUUUCAUGUCUCUUAGAGUUCAUUUUUUUGUCAAGGAAUGUGAAUUACCUGAAUGUAUCAAAAAGUCGUGAUAUUUUGUGUUUUUGUUAAUUUUAUCAGAGAUAAGUUAGUGGGGUAACUUAUCUCUGAUUUUAUCAUACGAUAUUCAUUUUUAGUUGUAAGAAAGUUCACAGGAAUCUGUUUUUUUUUGUUAUGAAACAGUAUAGUAACACAAUCUUUUUGUUCUAAACUUUAUUACUUUUAUAAGAAAUUAGAAGAAUAAAACCGAUUCAAUCGAUAAUACUAUAAUUUUUUCAAUACUUUCAAAAAUGGCCGUCUGUCAUUGAGAGAUUUAAAUAGGUAAUUCAUAGGUACUUUUCAUCAUUCAAAAUGAUAGCCAUCAUGAGAUGAAAGAUAAAAUAUCUAGAACCAUGACUUGAAAAUAGUAUAUUGAAAUAUAAUUAAAUGAAUCGAAGUCUUCAAAACAUGCAAUCCUUAAGCUUCUUCAUUUUAUUAGCACACUUUCAGAUCAUAAAUACUAAUAUUAUCAUUCCAGAGAAUAGAAAUAACAACUAAUAAUGUGAAAUGGACGAAUUUGU